GACCUCAACCGCAGCGUCGUCAGAAUCACCAACCAGCUACACCACAACUCCAACCAUUUCAUACAUAGAUUCUACAAUUUGAUCUGCCACAGUCUGGAAUUAUGGCAGAACCACCAAUAGUCCUCGAUGGAGGAACUGGUUUCCUGAAAGUCGGAUAUGCAGCUCAGAAUUUCCCAGAGUUUCAAUAUCCCUCUAUCGUCGGUCGACCAAUUCUGCGAUCUGAAGAAAAGGGUGAUGAUGGCAUGGUCAUCAAGGACAUCAUGUGUGGUGAUGAAGCCGCCGCAGCGAGGACAAUGCUUCAAGUCUCAUAUCCUAUGGAAAACGGUAUUGUCAAGAAAUGGGAUGAUAUGCAACACCUUUGGGAUUAUACAUUUUACGAGAAAAUGAAGGUUGAUCCUACAGGCCGGAAGAUUCUCUUGACAGAACCACCAAUGAACCCCUUAAAGAACAGAGAACAAAUGUGCGAAGUUAUGUUUGAGAGGUAUCAGUUUGGAGGAGUUUACGUGGCUAUUCAAGCUGUUUUAGCUCUGUAUGCCCAAGGUCUCAGUUCUGGUGUUGUGGUCGAUUCUGGAGACGGAGUUACGCACAUUGUACCAGUCUACGAAUCAGUUGUUCUCAACCAUCUUACUCGUCGUCUUGAUGUUGCCGGUCGAGAUGUCACACGAAACUUAAUUGCUCUCUUAUUACGUCGCGGAUAUGCUUUGAACAGAACAGCGGAUUUCGAAACUGUUAGACAGAUUAAGGAGAAGCUUUGCUAUGUUUCUUACGAUCUUGAGUUGGAUCAACGCUUGAGUGAAGACACAACUGUAUUGGUUGAAAGCUACACUCUACCUGAUGGGCGUGUGAUCCGCGUUGGAAGUGAACGUUUCGAAGCUCCCGAGUGCCUCUUCCAACCUCAUCUCGUCGAUGUUGAACAACCCGGUAUCGCCGAAUUCCUCUUCAACACCAUUCAAGCUGCCGAUGUUGAUGUGCGAUCCUCUCUCUUCAAAGCUAUCGUUUUGUCCGGUGGUUCAUCUAUGUAUCCCGGUCUGCCAUCGCGACUCGAGAAAGAAUUGAAACAAUUAUGGUUAACGAGAGUUCUUGGUGGAGAUCCCGAACGCUUAAAUAAGUUCAAGGUCCGAAUUGAAGAUCCUCCUAGGAGGAGGCAUAUGGUUUUCUUGGGGGGAGCAGUGUUGGCAAACAUUAUGGCUGAUAAAGAGAAUAUGUGGAUCACAAAGCAAGAAUGGGAAGAGCAAGGCACGAGAGUAUUGGAAAAGUUGGGACCUAGAUAGGAGUAGAUGAGAGGAGUUAUGGUGGAUUGAGUCAUUGAUGAAUAUGAAUGCAUUGCGUGGGCUAGCCUUUCUUCUAUUGUAUGGAAUCAAAAUUGCUUUUUGUGUCUGGAUACAUUAGUGAAACAGACAUACUAUCUCGUUUUGACGUAAUUUGGCCACUUCAGAAUAAGAGGAUCAUCCAUCAUCUAUAUGAGGACCAUUUGCCUUCGACGUGGAGCAGCGUUUUGAUGGCUUUCGGAUGAUAGUCCCCACUAAUCGACAAGUGCUUUCUUCACGACCUGCUUUCCAACAUUACCUAAGUAUCAAUCCUCAAUUGAAAGGACUACUGAAUUAAUCCUGACAAGUUGGCUGCA